CGCAGGCCGUGGCGCCGCGGGCCGCCCGCUGGACCUCGGGAGGGUCCCCGAGCUGGCGCGGACCCGGCCGGCGUCUGAGGAGCGAGCGGCCUCGCGGGAUAAGCGGAGGGCGCCGUGCGGGGCGCCCGCGUCGCAGCGACGCGAAAGCUGCCAGAACUUGCAUGCCUGGCACCCCACCAGCUUGGAGCUCGUGCAUCCUGUUUAAGUCUUUAAAAAUUACAACAUAAAAAUGGCUUCAAAAAGAGCUCUGGUCAUCCUGGCUAAAGGAGCAGAGGAGAUGGAGACGGUCAUCCCUGUAGAUGUCAUGAGACGAGCUGGAAUUAAGGUCACCAUUGCAGGUCUGGCUGGAAAAGACCCAGUACAGUGUAGCCGAGAUGUUGUCAUUUGUCCCGAUGCCAGUCUGGAAGAUGCAAAGAAAGAGGGACCGUACGACGUGGUGGUCCUGCCAGGGGGUAAUCUAGGUGCACAGAAUUUAUCUGAGUCGCCUGCCGUGAAGGAGAUACUGAAGGAGCAAGAAGAGAGGAAGGGCCUCAUCGCUGCGAUCUGUGCAGGUCCUACGGCUCUGCUGGCUCAUGAAAUAGGUUUUGGAAGCAAAGUCACAACACACCCACUUGCUAAAGACAAAAUGAUGAAUGGAAGUCAUUACAGCUACUCAGAGAACCGUGUGGAGAGGGAUGGCCAGGUCCUCACCAGCCGCGGGCCGGGAACCAGCUUCGAGUUCGCUCUGGCGAUUGUCGAGGCGCUGGCUGGCAAGGAGGUGGCCGACCAAGUGAAGGCCCCGCUUGUUCUUAAAGAUUAGAGCAGAGGUUUGAUAGUGGGUUAGAGAAGUAGGCCGUUUGUGAUCCAUCCUCACCGCAUUUGCUUUAAACUAGAAAGGGGGGGGUCACUGUGCAGGGACCCCGUCGUCACCAUACCCGCCAAGUGUGGCUGUGACGUGACAGCUGCACAGAGAUUCCUCAACCUGCAGUCCUGUCCCCACGUUUCUGAACCUUGAUUACAGAAUAAAUGGGGCAUUUCGCAAGCUACCGCGUGUUCCUCCUUCUACCUCUGGUCUCCGUUUUCUUGUGUGAAACCUGUUGACUGUCAGCUUCAUUUGCUGCUCUUAACUAUUGAUACAGCUGCUGAGAUGAAUGAACAGGGAACACGUUUUACACAGCAGGGCGGAAAAGCAUAAAACAGAAAUCGAAGAGGCUUGUGACUUUUCUCCCGUUCAUUAACUGUGUCUCUAAGAUGCGAUUAAAAAAUA